UCCCAAAAACUUUCUUAAGUGAUGAAUUAGUAAACUAAAAUGGGACGGAGGAAGUAUUGCUUUCCUUAACUAUCACCUCAUGUACCUGUAUUAUCCCCUCUUGAGCUAGCUUUUGGGCUGAUUUACGCCGCCAUAUUUUUACAACUUUCAUUUUCAUUUUUACAUCAAAUUCUCCACUUUUUCAGCUUUAUUUAGUUUUCUACACAACAAUAAAACACUACCAGCUAAUAUAGGUCAAAUUAAUGCUAAAUCUAAAUGGUAUUGAUACUUCAUUCCUUCAACUUUUCCAAGUUUCUAGUCCCAACCUGGAAAAUCUAUCUAUCAUUGCGGCAAAAAACAUAACUGAUCUAUGCUCUCACCAACUUCCAACGGCCUACUUCAGAAAACUUAGAAGUUUGAAAGUAUGGAAUUGUGGAAAACUGAGAAACUUGAUGUCUCCAUCAGUGGCCAAAGGUCUUCUGAAUCUCCGAAUGCUAUAUAUAUAUUGUUGUCAAUUAAUGGAAGAAGUGAUCACAGAAGAGGAACAACAAGGAGAAGAAAUCAUGACAAAUGAGCCCUUAUUUCCCCAGUUGGAUGAGCUGAUACUCAGUAAGCUACCAAAGCUGGGGCAUUUCUUUCUGACGAAGCAUGCUCUUGAAUUUCCAUUUCUCAAACUAGAGAAGAUUCGCGACUGCCCUAAAAUGAAGACGUUUGUCCAACAGAGAUCUGUCAGCACAUCGAGUCUCAAAAGUGUGAACAACGAUGAUGAGGUUUCUUGCCCCAACCUGAAAGAGCUAGAACUCGAUGGGGCUAACUGUAUAACUGCUCUAUGCUUUCACCAACUUUCAAUGGGCUACUUCAGCAAACUUGAAAAAUUGGAAGUGAGGAGGUGUAGAGAAUUGAGAAACUUGAUGUCUCCAUCAGUGGCUAGAGGUCUUCUGAAUCUCCGAAAACUAUGGAUAAAAUCCUGCCAAUCAAUGGAAGAAGUUAUUACAGAAGAGGAACAAGAAGGAGAUGAAAUCAUGUGGAAUGAGCCCUUAUUUCCCCGCUUGGAAGACUUGUACCUCAAUGAUCUACCAAAGCUGGGGCAUUUCAUUCUGACUAAGCAAGCUCUUGAAUUUCCAUUUCUUAAAGAAGUGGAUAUUAAUGAAUGCCCUAAACUGAAGACAUUUAUCCAACAGGAAACUGUGAGUACACUGAAUCUCGAAAGUGUGAAAAAUGAUGAUGAGCUGAAAGUUGUUGAUCUCAAUAAAGCGAUGUUCAAUUCUAAGGUUUGUCUUGUGACGCUUUAUAACUACAUUCUAUACAUAUUUGUGUCAUUCAUUAACAGAUCCCUGGUCUACCGCUAUCUUUCUGGUUUAACUAGCAAAUACUAAUAGUAAUAGCAAUAGUUAGAGUGUAGUGGUGGAAACACCUCCAAACUUAGCGCGAAUUAUUAUUUCCCCCAUUAGAACUCUCAAGCUUGAACUCAAUUUUCUGCUUGACCAUCUUGUUUGAUUGCUUGUAAUAGUAAUAGUAAUCU